UGUUCGCGUUCACACGUUUUUCGCAGCACCCCUACUGUUGGAAUUACCCAGCAGCAUGAUUUGGUUUUGAGCUCCCGAACGGUAGGAAACGAACCCGCUUUUGCAAAAAUUAAAACCCCGUUCGUUGCCUGAGGACCUUUUGAAAUCAGACCUAUUUGUUUUCGGCAUUUUUGUGAACGGUACAUUAGUGUGAAACUAAGCUUCGAGUGAAUCUGACCGUGAGAAUUUUUUAGAUUUACUCUUGAUAUGGAUUAGUUAUCCACAGAAAAAAAAAGCUAAUCAGUGAUUAGAAACAAACGAUGUGAAGUUCAGAUUAAUCACCUAAUUAAAAGUGUACCGGAAGAAUACAACCCGUAUUAAGUUAGUUGUUCCACAAAAAUUCUGGCUGGCAUCAUCAUCCUUUACCUUUAUAUACAACUGCUGCAAUGACGCUUCGGCUCAAUGACCCAAGACUCCCGGACCCAACUGUGCAAACCGUGCUCCAGCGCUCAGUAACCCGUUGACGUUGGGUGAUGCGUGGGAGAUUUCCUACAGAAACCGGCGCUAAUUAUCUUGACCGUUUGUGAAAUGAUCUGCAAGUGUAGGAAGCAGACCGGUGAUCAUGUCUAACGUUAAUUUCGCUACCACCGAUAAUUAUGAAAAGGAGACUGUCUGAAUGUGUGACUCAGGUGCUUUCCGGACGAUCAAGAAGGUUCAAUAAACCAACAAAGGCAACAGUAAUAGCUGAACCAAACUAGCGUGAUAACCUUAACGGAAGUAAAAUCUGUCCCACAAACGUUGGUUGCCAAAAUCAGACAAAAACGUUAUAAGAGCGACCAUCACAACUUUUGGCAAAACUCGUCGUGCUUUCUCUUCGUAGCCAAUUACAAAGCGAAAUCCGGUGGUCCGUGGCGUAGCGCUCAUUUCUUGUUGAUCAGACCUUUCGAUGCUAGGAACAUCCGUGCCUUGAAGUGAAAUAAAAAAUUAGUUUUUUUUCGCGCUACAGUGAAACGAUCGAAAGUUCCCUUUUUGCUUUAUCAAAUUGCCACUGAAACACGUGAUAGCUGGAAGAUUUUGAAACUAAUGGGAACGAAAUAGUGGGAAAAUAAAUGAGUGAGACAUAGGAAGUGAUUAACUAUUUAUGUUAAAUGAAACGAUAAAAGUCACAUAAAAACAGCACCUAGAAAAUACUUCAAAAUCAAACGACAUUCCGGAACCGAUAAAUAGUGAACAUUAUUUCGUAGUGUGUAAGUGAUAGUCUCAAAAUGAAGACUGUAAGAUGUAAUUGGAGCCUUUCCCUCGUUUGCCUAGUAUUUCUGGUGCGUUUCACUGGAUCCAUACAAAUCGACAACCGACUCGUCCAACCCCAACAUGACUGCUUUGAGAGGAUAGCAUUGGGUGCAAUGCUACCAUUUGAAAAGACAUUUCGAAACUCGGACACCAACUCGCUUAAAAUCUGUGAAACACUCUGCCUGAACGACAAGGAAUGUCAAACGUUUGCGUUUGGCAUCUCCGGCAGGGGGAACGGCACCUGUCAACUAUCGGCAAAUGUGAUUGAUGCCACCAAUUCACGUCCCGUCGGUACCGUAUUCGAUCCAGAUUUUGAUCUCUACGCCAGAAAGUACAACUGUUUUUUAGAUUCAGGUGGGCCGUCGAAUCCUCCGCCACGGCCUGGGGGGCUUACUAGUUUCCCACCGAACGAAUUGCCACCAGGGGGAACACAGCGACCUACUUCUGCCUUUCCUCCACCAGGAUCAGCAGAACGACCUGGCUCUCCAGGGUUCUCUCCGUCCAGUACUACUGCCACAGGGGAACCAAUUUCAAAUACCAACAAUGGAUUUACUGAUACAAGACCCACCAGUGAAUACCCGGGCAUAUUUUCUACCAGCGUUGGCUCAACGUACAAUCAGGCUACGGGUGAAACAUUUCCAGAGACAACUGCUCCCGGGGAAGAGUACUAUACUACAAAAGAACAACCUUCGUCUACUUUGUCAGGACAUUAUUCUCCUCCGACCAGCACUGCUUCAGGUCAACCAACCAGUACGGGAGCAGAUCGAAUCCCUCUAAAACAACCUGCACCAGGGGAUCCAUCUAUGAAAUAUCCUCUGGAUUUCAGACCUCAAUAUCCAGCGGAAUCUGGCCCAUCACGCCCCGGAAACUAUCCUUACCAAUUUCCGAUGCUCUACGAAACAAACUAUCCGCUGCCAAACAAAAACGAUCGACUUCCAGGAGUUUACGCACCUAGCAUCCCUUCACUUGAUAAUAACUAUCUGCGCCCAGAAUAUCCAGGCUAUUAUGGUCGACCGUCUGGUCCUUCGGGUCCGACAGGCAUAAUGAAACCACUAGACAAUACAUUUACCGGCUACGGCGUCACUGGACCUCAACGACCGAUAGACAAUAAACCUGCCGAUUACGAAGGAUCUCUCCGACCUUCUGGUACAGGUGCUGAUUCUGGCCCUUCAGGAUACGGAAUCACACGACCACCCGCACAAAGCGGCCCAACCGGAACAGGUGGAUACAAAGUAACAGAAGAUAAACCUGACCCGCAAACAUCGAAAUUCAGACCAUGUUACCGCAGAGUUCUGGCUGGAAAACGUGUUGCCCCACAAUGGGUACGGAGGACGCUAAUUUGUGAACGCGUGGAGGAUUGCCAGCGCGAGUGCGGCGAUGAGCGUCGGUUCCCUUGUGAGGGAUUCAAUUAUCGACUUGACCCAACUGGCCGGGGCCAGGGAGACUGUGAGCUUAUCGAUCAACCUCUAUCCCAGAUCGAUCUGUAUUCUAGUCCACAUCAACGAGAUUCCAACUUAAUCCGAGAUCACGAUUACGAUUACUACGAACGAGAUCGUAGCGCUUCUCUGUCGUGUCGUGCGACCUACGGCUGUAAGGAUUGCAUACUGAAACCCUAUCGCCCCCCAUUCGAUUUUGUCAGACCCACAACCUACCGUCCACAUGCCGACAGCUACAAACCAUUCCCACCAGAACGGCCACCAUUCGAAGAUGAUCGUUAUAAACCAAUGACGACCCUGGAUAAAUAUCGACCAUCAAUGUUCGAUAGAGAUUUCGAUCGGUAUGGUUCCAACUUCUACCCGGUACCACAACCGUCACCACCAAGUGGUUCCUACAGACCAUCACUUCCGUACAAACCGCACUAUAUGGGAGAGAUCGAUCGCUACGGUACUAUUGAUCCCGAUCGCUACAAGCCUCACUCGCAGGGACCAUACGGUAGUGGGACUUACGAACGCCAUGAUUUCUUCAGACCAUCAAUCCCAUAUCAGGAGGAUCAUCGACCGAUUAUGAAUCGACCACGACACCCAUACGAAGAUCGUGAUCCUCCACCAUCGUCACAAAGUCAGUACUCACCCCAUAAUGACAAACCAACAAAUUUCGUUCCAUACCUUAUCGGUCAAGAUGCUCAGAAGAAUUGGGGCGUUUACGGUGGUUCAUACGGCCAUAGUGGAGGUGAAUCUUACAAGUCGGCGUCCGACUACUGGGGAAUUCGAAACGAAAUCAAACGAUACGAUGGACCAACAUUCAACUAUUUCGAACUGCGUAAUGAUCAACCACCUGAUGAAAACAUCAUCUGGAACUACGGUGGUAGAAAGUAUGGUCUGGACGAUCCACAUGCACUGAGUAUUCCUGAACAUAGACCAGACCGUGGAAACUACGGACAACAAUGGAGCAGAAGACCUGGACUGGAAGAUUGUUCGGUAAAAUCCAGUGAAGGAUUCCGACUGAACAAAGGGGUAGUAAAGUACGCUCUGAACACUCCGACUGUGAUAGAAUGCGAACGUAUGUGCUUCACAGAGUCUCGGUUCCGAUGUCAUACCUUCAGUUAUCGCUACUCGACGAUCUCACGCGAAAACUGUUUACUGUGCGAUCGUCCCUACAAUCUAUUAGAUUUUUACGCCGACUUGGAUCCUGACCGUGACUAUGACAUCUACUCGAUGACCGAUGAUCCAAAAGCCUGUCACCCGGAGACACAUCCACCUGUCCGAGACGUCACCGCUCAAUGCUUCAUACGAACAAUUGACUCGUCCCGUUUCUACAAAGCAAUUAUUCGAGAUUCGCUUACAGUGCGAUCAGUGGGUGAAUGCGAAUUAGAGUGCAUCAAAGCCUUGAAAUUCACCUGUCGAGCGUUUACGUACAGUUUCGGACCGCAAACGAUCAACUCGGUGAUCGAUAACUGUCUACUAUCAGACUGGCCGGUACGAGACAUGGACCGCGAUCGUCACUUGGUACUUGACGAAGGCUUCGACGUGUUCGAGCGGGCUAGCUAUGGUCAGGGAUGUGAGAUUCAACCAAUCAUCGACGAUAAACACCAGAAAAAAUUCUGUUAUCUGGGGUACGGAUCACCCGCAAAACUACUGUCGUCAGCAAUCAAGAAGGUGAUUUCCGUUAACACGGAGUUGGACUGUAAGAAUGAAUGCAUCCGAUUACGAGAAACAACACCAUUUAAAUGUUUGUCAUUCAGUUUUGGCUCACAAGCGUCUACCUACAAUUGCGAAAUGUCGGAUCUAGAUCAAAGUGAAUUGAAGAUGGGUGUUCAUUAUGCUCACACAAACAAUCGAGACUAUUGGUUGUUUGCAUGGAAUCCAUUCGAUUACACCUGUCGGGAUAAAAUCAUCACCAUCAGUAGUGGCAGUAAUGGCAACAAUCGGGAAAAUCACGACCGUCGGAUGGACAUAUUCCGAGAACCGGGUGAUGGAAGCUGGCGCCAGUAUACCGUAUCGGGGAAAGCCUGCCGCCUCGGUACCAAGUGCGAGCGCAACAAGAUCACUGGGUUUUACUCAUGUGAAAUAGAUGGUGGUGAGGUUGGUUCGUGGGACUAUUGCUGUAAGACCGAUCACCCUUGCGGUUACUCGCAAGGGUUCGAGUACCCAUGGUGCUAUGUGGGCGAUGCUCCCGACCAGUGGCGAAAGUGCAGCGAUAAAUACUUCCCAGCGAAACACCACCAUCAGCACCCCAAUGGGCUCCCCGAUGGUUCGCGUUAUCAAGACAAGAAUAAAAAGGGUGAAAUCUAUCAACCACCACCGAAACCAGGAGGAUUGAGGCAUAUGGACGAUGUGACGGCUCCGGCCGAACUGUGGCCUGUGACUUUCCUGUAUGACAAGGGACCACCAGGGACAGCUUCCAAGCCGAUGGCCUCGAAUACGACCGACCUCAGCAGCAACGUGAUCGAUUGUAAGAAAGACAAGUGCUAGUGAAAUAAACGGUAUGAUUUGUGUUUCAUGUGGACAAUGGAUAGACAGCAGUUUAGCUUUAAAUCAUUCUAGUAGUGGUAGCAUUUAGAAGAUGCGUGACUAUAGAAAGCAUCUCCUUAUAUGGCAUCUAAUUGUAAUACUACGCAAGUACUGCCAAAAUCUAUUAAUUUCGGAAUAUUUAUAUACAUUAUAAGAAACUUGUGAGAUCUUACCACUUUCUUUAUUUAUUGAAGAAUUUUUCAAAUGAUGUCUCAAUAGCAAAAACCCAUAAAGAAAGUUGGCGACAAAAUUCGAUAAAAAAUCUUUUUAUUUUAUAAGAUAAUCUUAAAUACUAUAGAAAUAGAUUUAAUUUAAUUUUAAAAGUAGUUGGUCUUGCCAAUAAUUAUAUUUCGUACUAAGCGAGCAAUGAAGUAUGGUUAUUAUUGAUGAUGAUUGAUUCCUUGUCC